ACAACAAGAGCGGACUCUCUCUGUCUCUCUCUGUCUCUCUCUCUCUCUCUCUCUCAACGUCAACUGCGUACAAAACAGCUUGUCGACAAAGAAAAUGUUAGGUCUCCACGCCGAUUCGAUGUAGGUUAUGUGAUGGUUCUGCUCGUUCAGGUGCUCGAGACAAUGUAAUAUUUCAGAUGACUCGGCACGGGACAGUAGUGCAGUAUUCUCCGGGCUGCGUAACGUAGUGAGACAGGGAGCAUUACUGUGCCUCACAGAAUGAGUCAGGACCGUUUUCACCCAGAGCCAGCUCGUCAUCCGAAUAAAUUAUUGUCUCGAGACAGCUUACCUGCUCGGCUGCAUUGGUGAAAACGCAUCGUAACGCUAAACGUCUAAACGUCAGCGAGGUGCACCGCUGCUUAACCGACUCCGGCGCAUUUUGAAAUGGGCGGGAAGCUGCACGAGCUCUCAGAGCACGUCCCUUCUGAAAGUCAUUGGACGGCUGCAGCUCGGCGGCGCUCGUAGCUUCAUUUGUUCUUUCAUCCGUGCGAUUGGAGGCAUCGAGGAGCUCCUGUGAACUCUAGAUGACAGCAACUUGGAUGUCAGGGUUUUUUCUAACAGCGUGCACCUGCGUAUCAGGACUAUUUGAAGUGUGUUUGCGAGCUGCAGAUAAGCUUUAGAUGUCUCAGUGCUGCAUGAGGGGCGCCAAUACUUCAUCUGCAGCUGCGUCAUGACAUUUGGGUUUCAUCUGGAGUGAUUUGCUUUCUAGUGGCUUUCCAGGAUUUUUUGUAUUUUUUUUUUGUACCAGAGCUCAUCAAGUGGAUGCAAGACCAGCACGACUGUAGUCUAACAAGAGCCAGGCUGCUUGCCUGUGUGUACACCGCGCUAAGCAGAGACAGGGAGGCAAGACAAAUCGUCAUGCUGAAUUUGACUUGUGUGUGAUUGUUACAGCACGUUUUCGGCCGGUGGUGACUAAAAGCCUCCUCCUUGGAUAGAGAUGGCGUGAUAUCCCUGUUUUUCCGCGCUGAGAGCGAUCGCUACAGUGGGACGAUAUUAAGACUGAGGUGGGCGGACCUUGGCAUAGCACCAUUUUUUUGUGGGGGGGCUGGAAGAAGAGACUAUUUACUACAGAUCCGUGCUGAUUUGCGUUACAACUAGGACUGGUCUUAAAAAGAAACAUCACAGAGUUCUUUCUAAUUGAAUCUGUUACAAAAAAAAAAAAAAAUUUCCCCCCUUCACUCGCUCAACAUCUUGUGAAGAUCAUGGCCGCAGCCUCAGAUGUAAACAGGUUGACCAGUGCUGCUGCAAGAGGAGACUUGAGAGAAACUGAGCAGAUACUGCAGAGCAACAUUAACGUGAAUGCGAGGAACGAAUUCAACAGGACAGCACUGCAGGUGGUGAAACUUGGCUGUCCUUCUGUAGCGGAAGCCCUGCUACGCGCGGGCGCUGAUCCAAACUUGCCUGACCCCAGCAAGGGUUUGAGGAUAACGCACGACGCUGCGCGCGACGGCCACACGGACACACUUCAGGUGCUUCUGAGGUAUAAAGCGGAUGUCAAUCUCCAAGACGACGAUGGUAAUCUUCCGCUACAUCUGGCGGCGCGCGAGGGUUAUCAGAGCGCCGUGGAGCUCCUGGCGCCGCGCACCGCACACCCGUUUCAGAAGAACCAUAAUGGUUUCACGCCCAUGGAGCUGGCAUCACAACAUCAUAGAGACGAUACAGCACGCUGGCUAGAGAACUACCGGCCUUCACAAUUGGAAUAGGCAGAGGAACGCCUGCUUUGUGUUGUUACAGAGGUAGUGUAGAAAUACAUGCUGAAUGCGCCUUUUUGGUAUAGUAUUCGAUUAAUAUUCAGCUAACUACCUCUUUGGCUUUGAAGCUAUAAGAAAAGAGCCUGAACGAAGGUCAUUUUAAAGCACAUACAUGGCCAAACGUUUUUACAAGGCCUAGGCUGCUUUCUCUUAAUGUUAUGUUACAUAUGAUAAUCAUUCAUCAGAGUGUUUCAAUUGGUUUGAUUUCAAGGAACAUUCAAAUUAACCCAUUUUUUGAUUUUGAUUUUUUGAAGGUGUCACAUAUGUCAUUAGACUACAGUUGCUUCAUUCAGAGUGCUCUACCCUCACUGAACUAAAGGUAUCAAACUGUACUUUUCCUCGUUGGUGGUUGGUACCAUAAAAGGUACUAUUAGUAUGUAUAUUUUACCCCGGAAUGUUCUUAUAAUAUACAUUUAAUUAGCUUUUACAUUUUUGGCAGAUACCCUUAUCCAGAGCGACUUACAGAAGUGCUUUUGAAAUCUCUAUUAAUGAAUAGCUACAUGGUUUACUAAGAAUAUAAUCAGUUUAAAACUCUGUUGGGAAGUAAUAUAGGAAAAAUAUACUAUAAUAUAAUAGUAUAGUACAAUAAAAUAGUACUAAACUGCAUCUUUCAGAUGUUUUGUCACUGGGGUGAUCCCAUUAAGGGUUCAUUUAAUAUGUAUCCUUUGACGUGGAAACCUGAAUACAAUGUAUCUUAUAAAUAAAAUGAUUUAAGGAAAAUAAAAAUGAUUAGUUUUUAGAGUAAAAUUUACUUUUCAUUAUAUGCAAGUUUCUAGGUAAACAUGCAAAACUUUGCAAAAAAUGUAAAUUUGAGGAUAUCACCCCAGCGCCUAAGAAAGGUACAGUAUAGUACUAUUUUGCUAAAUAUAGGCUUAGAUUAGUAAGGACCAAUUAAUGUUUUACCCAAAAUAUUUUUAAGGCUUUUUUUUGGUCAUUUAAAAUAAAAAAUACAAUAAAAAAAGGUAAUAAGCACUUGACAUUACCACUUUACCAGCUCAUAGAAAGUACAGUUUGGUACCUUUAAUGCAUUUCCACUACUCUACAUCUGUCAAAAUACCUGCAAAUUGUGUUUAUCUCCAAGCCCGUUGUGAACUCACAGGAACCCACAUGAAGUGGCUUUUCAUCGAGUGUAUAUAUUUGAUGACCGAAAAUAUCAUAAUUUAUUUUAAAGAUCAGAUCAGAACAGACCUCCUUUGAGAUAUUUCUCUUCCUUAUUUUUACUUAAAAAAAUAUAUGAUUGCACUCUAGGUCUCUGAAACCCAGAAGCAUUUUUUUUCCAUUGCUUUGUCUUUUUUUGUUUGUUUGUUUGUUUUGUUUUUUUAUUUGCUUAUGUUUGUCAAAAAAAAUUGCACUUAUGCCUGUAGAUAAAAUAAAUCAUUUUGAUAUUUGUAAAGCUGUAACUGUGAACGAAUGUGUGUUUGUCGUUAACAAGACAUUGUAUUUGCUUAAAAUAAACCAAAGACCAGGAUACACGAUUUCCAAAAAAAAGAGCAUCCGUGACUUAGCUUGUGUUUAGGCUCAUUGUGAUUCAGUUUGCUUUAUUUAACAGAUCUGAUCUCCAACAUAGUACUAAGUCAAAAUGCCAUGUAUUAAAUUGGAUUAAGCCUACUUGAACGUUACUAAUCGUUGUAUCCUUUAAUUAUAUGAAGAAAUAAAAUGGUCCUUUUAAAUGUGUGUUGUGAUUAUUUCCAUCAGUAUCAUUAAUACACCCGGUUGGUGAUGAUUUAGUACAGCUUAUGUGUGCUACAGAUGGCUUAACACGGAUUUAACCCUGAUCAUCUAUAGACCGUAACUAAUAAAGCGUGUUAAAUUAAAUCAGUAUUUGUUGUGUCAUGAUAUCUGUAUGACUGAAGUACUAUGCGUCUGUUUAGCUUUGACUAUCUAAUGAAUCAGAUCACAAGUACCUAUAGGACUGAACUAAGACGUCACGGUUUUGUUUUUACACAUCACGCUUAUUUAUGGUCAACGCAUUUUUUCCUUUGCUUUCCUGAAACGAAAACAGCUCUGAAUGAAUUUGUGUGGAGUUUAUUUCUUUUAUGAAAGCUAAAAAAAUAAAUACAUCACUAAAGGGGGACAGCUUUGUUCACCCUGCAGCUG